GGGCCACCAACGAUUAUGGAGCCAUACCUUGGCUCCCCACCACCCCUCUCUCCCCUUCGUUGAUGGGCGAGAGAGGCCUUCUACCCUUCACCGCCACCAUCGACGCCACGGCCCAACGAACAUGAGUCACGUCGGCCAGGCUCUGGUCCACCUCGAGGCCAAGUGGGCUCGCCUUGUCCGCCGCUUCUUCCACGCCGUCCGGGGCCACCUCGUCUCGUGCUCCUCCUGCGACGGUCGGUACCGGCAGCUUAAGGCGAACCUGCGUGCGCCGAAUCCCAUGGUGGUGCUACAUGACAUUCCCCAGGUGGAUGUUGUGGGGGUGCGCACCGAAACGGAGGUGGACUCCGAUGUGCUGUCGUUGAAGAUUAGCGUCCUCGGUGAUUGCCAUAUUGGAAAAACAAGCUUCAUGACCAAGUGUGUGGGAGAUAUGGAGGAACAGAGAGGAGUAGAAACUGCAGGAUUGAAUCUAAUGGACAAAAUUUUCGAUCUCAAGGGAGCAAGGAUCGCUUUCAGGAUAUGGGAGGUAGAAGGUGAUGAUCAUCUGGAUCAUGUCCCCGUCGCCUGUAAAGAUGCUGUAGCAGUUCUCAUUAUGUUCGAUCUUACCAACCGAUGUACGCUAAACAAUGCUAUUUCCUGGUACCAACAAGCAAGAAGAUGGAACAAGACCGCGAUUCCUGUACUUAUAGGGACCAAGUUCGAUGACUUCGUUCAGCUUCCUCUUGAAAUGCAAUGGGCGAUCGUGAAUCAGGCCAGAGCAUGCGCAAGAGCGAUGAAAGCGACACUGUUUUUUUCGAGUGCCACCCACAACAUUAACGUGAACAAGAUCUUCAAGUUUGUCGUGGCCAAGUUGUUCAACUUGCCAUGGACGGUGGAGAGAAAUUUGAACAUAGGAGAACCUACCAUUGAUUUCUAGGUUCUUUUUUUUACUUGGCUUUUCGCUUUCUUUCUUCUUCUUCUUCUCUUAUUUGUUACAGAAGCUCCUUGUCCUGUAAUUGCUACGCUGUGGAUAGCAACACGCUGCAUGACAAGGGUUGAUGAGCCUUGAAAUUUCAGAAUA